UUCAACCGCGACGCGCCUCGAUUCUUUUAAUACCCGUGACGUCCUCAAAACAUUUUCGAGGCUUCUUUACUAGCGCGAGACAGGUAAAGCGAAUAAAGUCAAGUCUUAAGGACACAACAACAAACAGGAUGACCGCAAUGUUGAAGACAGUACUGUUCUUGGGGCUGGCGAUGGUAGUUGCAGCCCAGGAAGUCGAAAGACGUUGGCCAGUUGGUGCCGAAUGCGCGAAGCAGUCCGACUGCCCGCCGGGUUCUUGUUGCACCAUAGGAUACGAGCGGUACAGUUAUCCUAGCUGCCGGCCGCUGCAAAUGGAGAACGAUAACUGCAUACCGAGUGGUCCUAUGACGAAUGGCAGCCGCUACUGGCCCGAUGGGUCGUCGAUGGUUCUCGGUGACGUGUACCUCAUGAUGUGUCCAUGCGGUCGCAGAUUACGUUGUUACAGGGGAACCUGUGAUCCGAUCAUUCCGAACAUUCCAAACACCAUGUCGAAUGAGAUAUGGCCGUAA